AUGGAGACCUCCCGUCGAAGUCAACAUCAUAGUUGCGACCCGUGUCGGAAAGGCAAGAGGGGCUGUGAUGCUCCGAAAAAUCGAAAGGAGACAGGAUUUAGCUCCUGCUCGAACUGCAAGAAAUGGAAGAAGGAAUGCACCUUCAAUUUCCUUUCGUCGAAGCGUGUGGAAGCUAAGCGAGACCAUCGCAAAGCAAAAGCUACUACUGCAGCUACAGCUAUAGCUUCACCACAGAGUCGUGAGCUCCCUUCAAAUUUCAACUCCCACGGCGAUACCCUGGAUGAUUUAUUGCUUUCUUCGCAAUGGUAUCCCGUGAACUCUGAAGGGAUGGUUACUCCUGCCUCAACUACAAAUCGUACCUCAUUUUCUCCUCCUUCCCUAAAUUUGGGUGGUAGCAUUAUCGAAGAUAUUGGAAGCCAGUCGUACGGCAAUGAUCAGUUCGAGUUCCCUUCAUGGAAUAUAAACGCCCCAGAAGAUUUCUGGUUCCCGGUGAUGUCCACUCAAGACUUUGAAAAACCAUUCAGCGAACUAUCACCUAAAUCGCUCGAAAAUGCCUUUGAUGGAAUUCCGCAUUUCGAAGAAAAUAGUCUCGGAAUGAGUACACUCGAUUCUUCCGCUCUUAACAUCAUUGUUCCGGGAUAUAGAGACAACACACGGCAAUACCCAUCAUACCAACUCAACAAGAGGCAAAAAUCCAAAUUCGAAUGCCACUUCUGCAUCGUCUCGAAUAAUACAGCCGCUGAAUAUGCUCGAUCUACGAUGACACAGAACUUGAUUCGAAUUUACCACGAUAGCCUAGAGAACGCAUUAUCGUGUUGGCUGACGGAGCACAAUUGCCCCUACAGUGACCCAUUAACCGACGUGCUUCCUUAUAAAGAAAGAAAAGAAUGGGGCGCAAAUUGGCCCAACAGGAUGUGUAUCCGAGUGUGUCGAUUAGACCGUGCAUCUUCUGGAGUUCGCGGCCGAAGUCUCAGCGCAGAUGAGGAUAAAGCCGCAGCGCGGGCACUUCAUCUAUCGAUCAUCGCAUUUGCCUCUCAGUGGACUCAACAUGCGCAGAAGGGUUCAAAUAUGAAUGUACCACCGGAGAUUGCCCGUGAUGAACGGUCUAUCAGGGAGAAUGUGUGGAACCAGGCUCGUCACGCUUUAGAACAUACGACCGGCAUUCCUUCAUUUCGUAUCAUCUUCGCGAAUAUCAUUUUCUCUCUGACUCAAUGUCCAUUGGACGACGACGAAGACGAGCGUCUGGGCCAGCUCUUGGAGAAUGACAUUGCGCCGAUGUUCCUCGAACAUGCCAACCGUCAAUUAUUCACCUUCCGACACAAGUUGAUAAGGCUUCAGCGAGAGGCUCCUUCAAACGCAAGGGAGCUCCGACGAGGAUCUAUAGGAUCUACAUUGACGGAUAUGUCGGAAAUACCCAAGUUUUCAAACUCGGCGGCAGCAGAUCCUACUCUCACGAAUGACGAAUAUCGCACCACACUUAGCCUUUUGUUCUGGCUCGGAGUCAUGUUCGAUACACUGAGUGCUGCCAUGUACCAGCGUCCGCUAGUUGUAUCAGACGAAGACAGUCAAAUAACCUCGACCACAACACCCGCAUCCGAUUUCGAAGACCAAGUCGAUCUCAAUGGCUGGAAUGUCCCACGAAACGAAAUCCAAAAGAAACAAGACGUAUGGGGCGAUUUCUUCCUGCGCCAAGCUUCCAGCCAAGAACAGGCAAGAUGGCCCUGCUCCUACGAAGAAGCCGCCUCCGUACUCUCAGAAGCAACACCCGUCAAAGUCCUCCUCUACCGCCGCGUCACACAACUUCAAACCCUGGUCUAUCGCGGCGUCGGACCAAAACGUCUCGAAGAAGUCAUCAAGGAGACUCUCCUAGUCUAUCACCACUGGAAUAACACGUAUCAGCGAUUCAUGCUAGACUGCGUCGCGAAUCACGAACUCCUUCCACCACGUUUACAGUCAUGGUACGUCAUCCUCGACGGACACUGGCAUCUCGCCGCAAUGCUUCUAGCAGACGUACUGGAAACGGUUGAUCGGGGACGCCUCGGUUUAGACGUUGAGCGCGAAUCCCGACACUCUACGAAUUUAAUCACGAAGUUGAGAAGGGAGAAUGCAUUCGCAGUCGGUGCUCUUGCUCGCUCGUCACUUCGUGGGAAAGAGUCCAUCGUUCGUGGUGAUUUCCACGAUUCACUAACCGAGGUUGCCUUUCUCACUGAGCCGUGGACUGUCGUUUUGAUUCAUUCGUUUGCGAAGGCGGGAUACAUUUCGUUGGAAGGUUUGGAUACCUCUGUCAAGCAGGAUUCGUUGUUUGAGUGUUUCCGGCAGAAUUGUGAGUUUUGCAUUUCGGCGCUUCAGUAUCUUGGGAGGAAGUCUGAUAUGGCUAUGUUGGUUGCUCGAGACUUGACGAGGAAUUUGAAUGUCAAGUAUAAUCAGCGAUUGGUUGUAGUAUAG